UCGAACUGCUUGUGCACACAUCAUCGUCUUCGUCAGAUCAGUAACGUUUCGAAUUUCGACGAGUAAAGAACUGCGGUCAAUCAAGCGCACAAACCUCUAUCUAUUUCGAGUUCAACAGAGAGUAGAAUUUUUUUUUUACAACUCAACAAUUGUUCUAAGUCCUCAGAACCAAGAGCACAGAAGCACCAACGAACUAAUAAUAACAACAACAACAGAAAAAAAAUAAACAUAUCUUCAUAUGUGCAAAGUGAAUUUCGAAUAUUUUUUUCUUAAAUCGAAAAAUAAACAAACCCUUUUUGUGAAAAAAUAAUUUAUUUUUCGUCUACAAAAUAAACAAUUUUUUUAAAAAUAAAAAUUAAGAACUUUUGUGAUUUCCGAAGAAUUUUCAAAGUCUUUCAACAAUCAGCAAUCGACUUGGUCAUCGUCACCAUACGAUUUACUGAUUAAUACAUCAAAAGAAAACAAAAAUAAAAUGCAACUGUUUGAUUUUCGUAAAUUGGGCGCUUCGAUGGAAACACAUUCGGUCGAAGCAGCUGAAAUGAUUUCGCAGCAAUUUUUGGAAGCUCAAAGUAAAUUGCACUUCGAACAAUCAUUAGCUCGCCACAAAGCCGUCGCACCGCUAAAAGUAAAAUCACAAGCGAAAAAAAUGCGCAACGGAUUCAUGCCAAACGAUUUCGGUAUUGCAUACAUUGAUCCAUCAACGGGUAAAAAGCGUAUUCAAUGCAAUGUCUGUUUCAAGACAUUCUGCGACAAAGGCGCAUUGAAAAUUCAUUUUUCGGCCGUUCAUCUAAAGGAAAUGCACAAAUGCACCGUUGAAGGAUGCGUAAUGAUGUUCAGUUCGCGUCGGUCACGCAAUCGUCACAGUGCCAAUCCAAAUCCAAAAUUGCACUCACCCUAUUUGCGCCGUAAAAUCUCUGCAUACGAUGGUCGUAGCUUACGUGCAUCAUCAUACAAUGGUCCAAUGUUACCACCGGAACUUGCACAAGGUAUGCUUCCAGCUGUUAAUCCAAUGAUGGCAUUGUCAUUGAAUAUGUUCCGUCGCGAUCCAAAUUUCAAUGCAACAUCACCAUUAAAUCAACCACAUCCGUAUAUGGAUUCGACAAUUUCAACAUCAUCGGUAAUGUCAAGUCCAAAAUCAUCAUCGCGCAGCAGUACAGAAGAUGAAAAAUUCUAUAUGAAAGCAAAUUCAAUGCGUGGCACAUCGAUAACACCACCAUUAACGCCACCUAUUGACACACUUACCGAACGUGCAAUGUCUUAUUCGAAAUCAGUGAGCAUGAAACGCAAGCGCAAGAGUGAAAAACCAAUUCGAUAUGAUGCACAAAUGCCAUUGACAGAAGAGCACGACGAACCAUUAGAUUUGAUUAGCAACGAAAAACAAAAAACAAAAUCGAUGCGAUUCCAUGACGAUUUACAAUCCGAUUUGCCAUUAGAUUGUAGCCGAUCUGGAACGACAGCCACCUCAAAUGGAAGCGUUCACGAAGAAGAUAUGGUAUUGGAUCUCUCAAUUAAUAAAUCAAAGCGAACUGACAAGGAAAUCAAGAGCAAAACAGAAGUUGAAUCAACCGAAUCCACCACGUCCGCAUCACCAUCAGCCACCGUCGACGAUAAUGUACAACGCAAACAUGACAUUCAAUCGUGGAUUUUGAACGCAGUACGACAAACACAGCUCAAUUCACUUUUGUACAGCCAAAUGCAAAUGCCACCAAGUAUCUCAGUCGGUUAAAUUGCAAAUUGCAUCAGUACAAAUAGAAGAUGAAAAAAAAAAUCGAAACAAAAAAGCCAUUCUAAUAUGUUAUUUAGAUUAAAAUUACAUUUUGUAUAAAUAAGUGCAAAACAAUUGUCAAAUAGAUGGAAAUGAAUUAGAUUUAUUAUUAUUAUUUUGAAUGAGUUGACUCGAAUUGCCAAACUAGAUUAUUCGUUUUCAGUUCGUCAGAAAUGCUCAAUAUUGUCGGUUUAGUUAAAACGUUGUUCUUAAUCCCAUGUACAAAUUUUUAUGGUUAAUAUAUAUAAAUGUAGAAUUAUAAGUUUAUCAUCUCAAUAAACAAGACUUACACUAUACUUAACGGCUUAGUGAUAACUCAACAUCAUAGAUUUAAUUCGUACUGUAUUUAGUGCAAUGCAAACGCAAUGUUAAUAAUAUACAAGCAUGCCGAACGGUUUGAUUUCAAAUUUAUGUGUAAUAAUAUGAUAUACGGAAAAAUAUUGAACUCUAAUAUUUGAUGGACUAAUAAUAAAAAUAAUCGAUUUAAUGAUGAUUGAAAUAAAAUCGUACGAAUAAAAUAAA